AUGGCAGCAUACAUUCUAUGCGUGCAGGCAGGGCCAAGUGCCGACGCGGAGCACCAACAGCGUCUGUGGUAUGGAGAAGAGGAGGCGGCGGGGGUGGCUGGGGCUGGCCGCUGGUAUGUGCGUUGGUAUGUGCGUUGGUAUGUGCGUUGGUAUGUGCGUUGGUAUGUGUGUUGGAAAAAGGAGGGCAAUGGGGUGGACCGGAUGGUCAUCACCAUGAGGAUGCUCGACAGGCUGGGUGGGUGUCAUCUGCGACAUGGUGGUAGAGAUGUAUGGGCACCCUCCCCAGCACACCAACAGCAUCUGCCUUGUAUGAAGGAGCCCAGCUCGUGGCUGCAACACAAAGCCUGGCGACAAUCAGGCGGCUGGCGAGCUGCAGCAGCAUCAGUGGUGGCGGUGAAGGCGGUCAGCGGGGAGUGGGUGGAGACAGGCUAG